CACGCCGACCCGGGCCCCGGGCAAAAUUCCGCACCUCCGCUGACUCCGCAGCGAAACGUGGGUCGCUCAGUUGUGCACGCCCUUAAAGAAAUAUAUUGAAGGUUGGAGGUUGGAGGUCCUGCGGUCGACGUAUCUCGAGAUAUCGAUCUCUCUUUCUCGACGCGACGCGACCUCUCUUCCUCGGCGAGAAAGAAUCGACGCGAUGGCCGUCCGUGCUAAAUCGCGCUGAUCAUCGCACGACAGACGUCUCGGUUGAUUCGGAGAGAAUCGCGCACUCGUGUCGAUUAAUUCCCACGGUACUGUCGUCCGCUCCUCUCUUUCUCCAAUCUUAUCUCCGGAAUCGCCGCGCCGGUUUCCACGGAUCCGGGCGAAGCCUAGCGAGAACAGCGAGCGGGAACUCCGGGGAGCGACAUGGAGGUCGACGUGCCUGAAGAAAAUACAAGCGAGCAAACGGCGAUGGAGAUCGAUGAGGACACCUCCGAGAGGAACCCGAGGGUGUCCGGGAGUGUCAAAGUCAUGGCAUCCUCGGGCACCGUCGGCUCCGUGUCCAUCAGCCUGCAUCCGCUGGUGAUCAUGAACGUCAGCGAGCACUGGACCAGACUCAGGGCUCAGGAGGGCAGCGAUCAGUUGGUGUACGGCGCUCUGAUCGGUAAACAGAAAGGUCGCAACAUAGAGAUUAUGAACUCCUUUGAACUGCUGUUCAACUGCAUCGGUGACGACGUCAUAAUUGAUAGGGAUUAUUAUAAUACGAAGGAGGAACAGUUUAAGCAGGUCUUCAGUGAAAUGGACUUUUUGGGCUGGUAUACUACCGGUGACAUACCUACCGAGAAAGACAUUAGAGUGCACAAGCAGCUUUGCGAAAUUAAUGAAAGUCCUGUGUUACUGAAACUAGAUCCGAGACCAAAAAACACAGAGCACUUAUCUGUCUCUAUGUAUGAAUCGGUUAUCGACUUGGUUAACGGUGAGGCUACCAUGUUAUUUGUUCCGUUAACUUACACGUUAGCCACAGAGGAAGCUGAGAGAAUUGGAGUCGAUCACGUACAAAGGAUGUGUAACAACGAUCAAGGCGAAUGCUCAGUAGUGGCUGAACACUUAACGGCGCAGCACAGUGCUAUUAAAAUGUUGCAUGCGAGAGUGAAACUCGUUCUGAGAUAUGUGCAAGCGGUGCAGAAUGGAGAAUUGAAGGGAAAUCACGAAGUUCUUCGAGCGGCUUGUUCUUUGAGCCAUCGACUGCCUGUCCUGAAUAACCCGAAAUUUAAGGCUGACUUUUAUAACCAAUGUAAUGAUUUUGGCUUGAUGACGUAUCUCGGUAUCAUAACUAAAGGCUGCAAUAAUAUAAAUCAAUUUGUAAACAAAUUUAAUAUCCUGUAUGAUAGACAAGGCGUGGGAAGACGUCUACGAAGUCUCUUCUUCUGAUAUGUAAAUAGAAUCUAUUGUUUUUAUACAUGUCUUUUUUUACUUCUUAGAUAACUAAGUAUCGAACUCAGGAUUAAAGUUUAAACAGCCAACUUAAUCGAGGGAUAGUUUGAAUACUACUUCUAGAAGUACGUUGUAUCGAAUAUAAAUAAAGUAAAGAAGUUACAUAA